AUGAGGCCGGGUGACCCUUGUUCUCAGUCUGGGGCCCUGCUCCAGGCCAUUUCAGCCAGCUUGGCUUCCCCUGCAGGAGUAUCCCCAGAAGGGCACAGGGUCCCAGUCCGGGACCUCAUCUCCUUCCUGAUGUUGGAGGGCGGGCGGCGGUCUGGUGGCUCUGUCCCGUCCAGCCUUCCAGCAGGCCUGAGGCGGCAGGAGGACGUGCAGUCUCUGGUGAGGAGCUUGCUGGUGGGGCUGGAGUCCCUGGGAAUCCUGCCUACAGCCAGGAGUUCCCCCCUCUGGGCCCUGUGGCAGAGCCGCGGCAGCAGGAGCUGGAUUUCUGGCUUUCUCUACAACAUCUCCAUGCACCUGGAGAAGCAGGAGCUGGAAGAGCUGGGGGGCAAGUCCUGGGGGAGCCUGCCGCAGCACUUCCUAUCUCAGCCCUCCCCGACCCCCACUCUGCAGCUGAGGGACGUCCUGGUCUCGCUGAGGGGCAGCCGUGACUGGGACAUGCUCCAGAGCCUCAUCCACAGCCUGCUGAGCCUCUUCCGCAGAGACCAGACCCUGCUGCUCUUCCUGCAGCAGAACUGGGCUUGGCUCAGCAGCCUGGGGGAGGCCCUGGCGCUGCCCACUGGGGUGCUGGGCCAGGGCAGCCCUGACUUGCAGGGCACCUACUGCACCCUGACAGGCCGUGGGAACUGCAGCUCCAGCGCAGACUGGAUGUCGCAGCUGCUGAAGCUGUUUGAGGGCACCCGCUGGACGCCAAGGGUCCAUCUGCAGCCUGAAGGCCCCGUCCUGGCUCCUGACCUCUGGAAACCCUUCCGCGUGCUGCCCUCCCUGAGCCCCAGUGCCAGCAGCCUCCUGCAGAUCUCCCGGACCAAGCAGCCAGGGCUGGACUCCGGGGGGGGCUCCGCGGACACCCUGUGGGGGGCCCUGGAGGAGGCCAAGCAGCGUCUCCUGCGGAGGGUGGGCCGAUCGCUCUACACCAGCUUCAGGAGGAAGGUCUCGCGUGUGACGAGUUUGCUAGUGGAUGAGGUCUCGGUGGCCCUCGGCGUCCCUCAGUCGGAUCGAGGGGGGAAGUGCACCGUAGGGACCCUGCAGCAGCUCCUGCUGUGGGGCAUCAGGCACAACAUCAGCUGGAACGCCCGGAACCUGGGGUUCAGGUCUAGGACCUUCCCAUCUCCUCCACCAAUCCUGAGCUGCAUGCAGCCUGCCCGCAAGCCCCCCCAAGUCACAAAGAGGGCGUCUGGAAACGCCUGGGGUGAGCCCUGGCCCUCAGCUGAGGUUAUGGAGUCUGCCUGCAAUGACACUAUCCCAGGCCUGCCCGGCAUCUCCAACUUCACUGCCUAUCUUUACUGCAGCCUAUUCAAUGGCUCAGACAGCUCCAGCCAGCCGCCUUCAGGCCUGGGGGCCGCAUGCUCCAGCUCCGCCUGGUAUUCCUCCUCCACCAGCGGGGACUCCAUGUGGGUGAGGACGUGCAGGGAGUACUUCCCUGGCCAGUUCAACACCACGGUCUGUAGCAAUGCCUCCCUGCUGCAGCUGCCCAGUCCCAACCAGCCUCUCAUGGAGCAGUUGUGUGUCAACCUCUCCCUGCCCCACAAAGCCGGCAGAUGUCUGGAGGGGCUGCCUGGGACCCCCUGGAGCCAGGAGGAUUUCUGGAGCUGCUUUCUGGAAAACCAGACUCUCUGGACACAGUGGCUGUGCACCAAUGAGAGCCUGCAGGCGGUAUCCACGGAUAGCAGCGCCUGGAUCUCCAGACUCUGCCAUGGCCGCCAGCUCCAGACAAAGGCACUGAACUCCUCGCUGCUCAGGAACUCUGAUCCCUGCAAUUUCCAUGCCUGGAGCCCCCAGGCGCUCAGGAAUGCUAGCCUGAUGGAGCAGUGCCGGGGGGUGAACCCCGCUAGCUUCCAGGAGCUGGUGUGUGAGAAUUCCUCCCUCCUCCAGUCGUUGGUGUCUUCCCACCCCUGGCUCAUGGAUCACUGCCUGGACUCCCUGCAGAAUGGGCAGUGUUUCCUGCAGCGCCUCCUGGAUAUCCUGCCUAUUUCCUCUCACGUGGACGCAUCUCAGCUGUGCCGGGACCCUGCGUCCUACCUGCUGGGGCUGGUGUCCCAGCUCACGCACUGCGAGGAGCAGACUUCCCGCUGGAUCCUCAGCAUGAACUAUCUCCUGCGGCUGCUGGACUUCACCCUGCCCUUCUCCGAGCUGGACGAGGUGGGGCAGGCAGCCAGGGACCAGCUGAGUGAGGCCAUCCUGCUCUCCAGCCUCCUGGACAAUGGCUCCUUCUGGGCCUCACUGGAGGUGAACUCCUCCCUGAGCAUCCUGCGGGCUGUGGGCCAGUACUUGAGACAGGAGCAUGACGCCUCCUUCAAGGGAGAGCUGCUGAGCUGCUUGAGUCCUGUGCUCUGGGAUCUGAUCCAAAGUGAAGAGGGUUCCCCGGUGCUGGAAGUCCUUGUGCAGGAAUACCUGCAGAUGCCGCAGGAAAAUUUCCAGCAGCUGCUGCUGUCGGCGGAGAGCGAGGCAGUGCGGCGCUUCCUGUCCCUGCUGCACCGCUCCUGGCCCCGGCUGCAGGUUCCCAUGUCGGAUGAGCAGGCGCUGCAGUCUCUCGCCUCGCAGCUGAUGGGCCGGUUCCCCCAGCUCACCCCGCAGCUCUUCGUUGACCUGUCGCAGUUCAUACCGUUCAUGGCCGUGUCCGACAUCAUGAGGGUCCCACCUGCCCUGCUGGCCAAUGAGAGCGUCUUAGCGGCUCUGGGGACUCACAGCGCCCACAUGAAGCUGGUGCAGAAAAGUGCCUUUGCCAAGCUGCUGCUGCAGGUUCAGCUCCUCGGGGACGUGCCCACGUGGCGCUCGGGCUUCCUCCGCACCAUCCAGCCCCUGCUGCCUCACCUGCCACUUCGUCGCUUUGUGCAGCUCACUCCUCAGCAGAUCCAGGGGCUGGCAGAGGGUUGGCAGGACGUCCGGCUGGGGCUGGCCCAGGGGCGCCAUGUGGCACACAGCUUGAUAAACAUGAGCCAUGGGGCCGGUGAGGAGCAGGUGCACAGGUUGGGGGUCCUUGCUUGCUAUCUGAGCCCUGAAGAGUUGCAGGCCCUGGCCCCACUGCGUGACCCCUUGGGGCCGGUGGAGCAGAGCUUGCUAGCGUGCGCUGCCAAUGGGGUGCUGCGCCAGCACGGACGGGUCGCCUACGCGCUGGCGGAUUUGUUGCGCUCUGCCAGCCUGGCUGCUGUCUGGCCGCGGGAGCUGCGCGCCUGGCGAGGCAUUGUUCCAGAGCUGGGGGUGAGGUUCCUGCAGCGCCUGUCAGCCGCACAGGUCAGGGCUCUCCUUCCAGAGCUGCAGGCUGUACACCUGACACCUGCCCAGGCGUCUGUGCUGCUCACGCAGGCUGUCCGGACCGAGAAUAGGCUCAGCCGUGAGCAGCCGGCCCGGAGCAUCUGGCCAGACUGCCUCCUGCCCUUGGUGCCCCUCAAACUCCUGCGCCUGGAUGCAGCGACUCUGCUGGGGCAGAGCAGCCGGUUCUGGGAGCUGCCCUGGUCCCAGCAGCAGGCCCAGUUCCUCUGGAGGAAGGUUGAAGCGGGCACCAAUGUGAGCCAGGAUACGAUUCGGGCGCUGGGGACUCUGGCGGCUGGCAUGAGCUGUGCCAGCCUGCAGCAGUUCAGUCGGAGGGCGGAUUUCCUGGGGGUUCUCCGGGUUCUCUAUGCGUGUCCCAGCAGCCUGCCUGGGAGCCUGAGGCGGUGUGUCUGGGAGGAAAUCUGCAGGCGGCCGGGACUCUCUGGGGAGGAGCUGGUGUGGCUGGGACCAAAGUUCCUCAUGGAUUUACCGGUGAAGCUUGUGGACAAACUGCCCAACAGCUCGGUCAGGCUGAUUCUGGACUAUGUGAGCAGCCGCCCGCAGAGCCUGCUGGCGCUGCCGCCCCACCGCCGGGCUGCCCUGGCCCACAGGGCCCUGCGCCUCCUGCAAGCGCCGACCGAGACCGAGAUCCCAGGCGAAGUUCUGGACCUUCUGGGCCCGCUGCUGGGGUUCCUAGGCGCGGAGGCUGCUGCCCACAUCCAGCCCGAGAGCCUGCUGCUGCGCCUGGAGGAGCUGCAAGCGGCCUGCCUGGCGGAGGGGUUUGCCGAGGAGCUGGGGAGGCUGGUGCUGACGGAGCGGGUGCUAGGCCCGCCGCAGCGCUGGAGCCUCCUGGACAUACUGCAGCUGGGACGUCUGGUGUUCCUGCUACCGGUGGAGAGCAUCCGGCUCAUCCCAAGGGAGGUGCGGAGCAGAGACACCCUGGAGCAGCUGCUGCAGAGCCAGCGGGAGUGGGAGCAGAGCGAGCCAGGCCGGCUGUGCCAAACCCCUGGUGCCCAGGGAAGGGUGAGGAGCCGGAAAGAGGCGCUGGUGGCCUGGCUGGUGAGGAGCAGCCCGGUGGGGGGACAAGACCCUGUUCCCAGCUGUGCUGACAUGCGUGCCACCUACCCUGCGGCCUGGAGCACGGCACAGAUCGCCAGCAUGGCUCUGUCCCACUUCGAGGGCUGCCUGGGUCUCAUCAGUCAGGACCCCGCACUCUCGCCCGAGCAGCUCCGCGCCGCGCUGGGCAAAGCCAAGCAGUUGUUUGGAACCGCCCAGCCCAUGCAGCCAGUUCAUGUCCUGCAGCUGGGCCUACUGGCCACCCAGCUGAGCGAGCAGGAGCUGCAGGAGCUGGAGCUCUCCAACUGGGGGGCCCUCUCUGUCCUGGGGGUCCUGGAAGGCUGGACAGCAAGACAGAUGCAAGCCACGGUCUCCAGCUUUCUGCGCCAGAGUGGGGUGAGUGUGCAGGGCCUGGCACUCCCAGAGCUGGCUGCCCUCGGGCACCUCCUGUGUGGUCUCCGUGCCGACGAGAUGCGGAUGCUGAACAGCCGGGAGUUCAGCCAGGCUGCCCCGUUCGUGGGCUCCCUGCGGCUUGGUUGCUCGGAGAGGCAGCUGGAGAUGCUGGCUGAGCUGCUGACGUCCCGCUCAGCAUUCGGCCCCGUUAGCAGCUGGGGCCCCGAAAUCUUCACUGAGAUCGGAACACUGGCAGCUGGGCUCCAGGACAUCGCCCUGUCCUCACUUGCCCCCGAGCAAAUCCAGGCACUGACCCCGCUGGCCAUCGCGGUGAUCCCCGCACCCAAAUUCACCGUGGUUUUCAGCCCAGCCCAGCUGCUGGGCUUCACCAGCGCCCAGGCCUCAGCCGUGACCCCCCAGCAGCAUGCGCGGCUCAGCGCCGAGCAGAGGCGAGCAGUGGCCAGUGCCCAGUACGAGGGGGAGGUCGCCCAGGAUGGCAGGGGCAGGAAUCACGCCCGGCCCCAUCCUGGCCCCAGCGCCCUGGCACUGCUCUGUCUGAUGUACAGCGUUGGGUGA